AUGUUCCAAACGAUCCUUAUCAUCACUCUGAUGCUAUUAGUGGACGAUAUACAUGGCGAUGAAUUGCCAACGUUGCCAUCUGAAAUGAGCGAAUCGUCAGCACAAGCAGCUCGUCCACGACGACUGACUGCCACCAGCCCGCUUCCGUUUGUACGACAAAUCGGAAAGCCAUUACUACGUGCGAAACGAGUGAUUACACCGAUACCAGAAGGAGUUGUGAGAUCCAUCGUCUAA